AUGGGUAAUGAUAAUCAAUUUGUUGAACAACCCGUUGCCGCAUUUGUCAAUCCGAACACUGCUCAUCCAACGACAACAUCCGUAACUGCUAAAGAUGGUAUUAUUGCUAUUCAAACGCCGGUAGAACCUAUUGAUAGUCGUCGAACUCUUCUUGAUGAACAAAAAUAUUCUCCGAAAAAUCGUCGCUUCCCUUCGACAUCGUGUAUAUCAGCCGAUAAAAUGUUUGGACUGGCUCUUUUUAUUUUAUUAGUUAUUCUUAUAUCAUAUAUAUUAUUUCAUGGGAAAAUAACUGACGUUAAACUAAACCGUUUAACGAAUAGUGCUGAUCUAAAAUCGAACGAUAUUCAAUCAUUACUCGAAGAAAUGAAUCGUACACUUAAGUCCAUUGAAACUCUACUCACUGAACAAACAAAAAGAACAAACAUUAAUCUUCAAUUAAACGGGCAAGACAUACGAGAGUUUUAUUCGAAUCAAACAGUACUAUCAGAAUUUCUGCGUCGAUAUAGAGAACGUUUAUAA